AAUAUUGUUACUAGAGUUUAGAAGGUAAAUGUGGAAACGGAUGAAAAGCUUAAGGUGCAUUUGUUGGCUAUGAUAUAAUUCAAUAAUUUGCACCAUUUAUACUUGAUUAUGGUCAGACCUGUCUAAAAUUAAUACUGGAAUAUCGUUAAGCGUAGAUAAGUAUUUGAUGAGAAAGAGAAUGGGUAUAGUAUCGGUAAGAGAUUUUAAAAAAGUUGCUCAUCCACAUUACAUAAUUAACAUAUUUUUAGCUAGUGUGUUCUUGAUAACAAGGUGGUUGAAGCCGGUUUGCACACUUCUCUAUCCUUCAUCAGGGUGCGAACUUGAUUAUAGAGAGUCAGAAAUCUUGACCUUCUUGGUAGUGGUUAUUAUGUUUCGGACCAGAAAGCAUGGUGCUACUAGUUUGGUACCUUAUGUGUCAGCGGUCUGCACAUAUACAAAAUUGGCAAACAUUAUUCUCUUCUUCUACCAUGAUCCUCGCCUAGGAAUACUCUACAUGGUUUUAUGUUUGGUUCAACUGGUGAUGCUGCCUGAACCAUUACAUCAAGGAGAGGAUAAUGUUAUCUAUUUCAGUAAGAAUGAUUUAGAGGAGGAAUUAGAAAGAGAUAAAAGAAUUGUGUGGCUUGUAACCUUUUAUGCACCAUGGAAUCCUUCUUCAGUGAAUUUUGCACCAACAUUUGCUGAUCUCUCUGUCAAGUAUACUCUAGAAAACUUUAAGUUUGGAAAGAUAGAUGUUGGUCGCUACCCUGAUGUUGCUGAGAAAUUCAGGAUUAGUAUGUCAUCCUUUACAAAGCAGCUACCAACUGUGAUUCUCUUUAAAAAUGGCAAAGAGGUUAAUCGAAGGCCAGUAUUUGAUUCAUAUGGAAAACCAAUAAAGUUUUUCUUUAAUGAGGAAAAUAUCCUGUCUGUGUUUGAUCUUAACAAUGUCUAUGAAGAAUGUAAAAGCAACCCAUUGAAGAAAGUCCGAAAGAAAGAUUUAAACUUGAAACCCGAUCAUGACAAGGCAGAGUGAAGCUUCAAGAAAUACAGGUUACAUUAUGUUUUUGUAGUUGAAAGACCAAGACAUUUUUUUUAAUAAUAACAUCUUGUAUUAUUUAAUAUCUUGUUGUAGACUAAACAUUGUUUAAAGAAUUAAAUUAGUUUAUAAUAGGUGUACCUCAAAUAAUCAAUUUAAUUGGAAUAUAAAAUAAUUUUCUAUAUACACUUCAAAACAUACAAUCCAGAUAAAAUAAUAAUAGUAGGUUUGUGUAUGACUUCUUUGGGAAUGUUUUUUUUUUCCUAGGAUUGGAAUUUAGAAUGAUUGGUUUUGAUAGAUUGUCAUCAGAAAACUUAAUGUUUUGAAAUUUGGUGAAUGAUAUUUUAGCUGGUCAUUCUGGAUUAUUAAACUGUAUUAUUUUGAAGUUGAUUACAGUUGGUCUUCGUAAUAAAGAAUUACUUUUAAGACUAACUUUCAAUGUGUGGAAUGAAGCUUAGAUGGAUUAGAGUAAAUUUGAAACAGUUAUUGAACUGUGUUUCUGAUGGGUUAUUACCUUCAUUUAGCUGGAGUGGACAAAAGCUGUGUCCAUAAUUAUAAAGUUUUCUUAUUAUGAGGUUAUGAAAGCAAAAAUGUUUGAACAUAAUGUUCAGACCUCUCAUUGAAAAGUUACAUAAAAUAAAUGGUGUAAUAUCUGUUAGGUAGCAAUAAUAUUUUAAUAUUGUUUCUAGUUUUUUAGUUUAAAAUUCAUUAUAACAUGACUCCACAUGAAAUGACAGUUUGAGUGGUUUAUCAUUUAAUUUAAUUAUUUUUUUAUUAUAAUUCCUUGUAAAUGUAGACUGGAUUUUUAAAGUCUGUACCUGUAUCUUGUAAGUUUGUUGGCUAUUGUAUUUUGAAUAAUCAUAACAUUCUGAUAAUACCACAGUAUAGGUAAUUACUGUGUGUUAGAAGUAUUGUUAGUGAUAAAAAUGCAAGUGACACAGACCAAAUCUACCCACAGUUUCUCAGGAGUAACCUUUGAAGGUUUAUAAUGCUACAAUUCAUGAUUUGAUUCUUGUGGUAGACACAGCACAGGUAACCCAUUGUGCAGCUUUAAACUUAACAAAAGUGAGUUUGCAUGAUUUCACACACAAUGUUGUUUUGAAAGGUUUUAUAGUAGAACUCUUCCAAUAUGUUCAAACUGACAGCUUGUAGUACUGAGAUUCAACAAAAUUGUCACCUGCCAGUUUAGUCUCGAAUAUUUUAUUUUACUAAAAUAAGUUGUACAAACCUCCGAGUGUUAUAUCAUCAAUAACAGUAAAAAGUUGGUACAGUAUAAAUGAAUUAUAAACUUAUCAGCAGUGUUGAAUUAUGUAACUAAUGUUUUCUAUGUAUCAGAAGUCUAGUUUCAUGUAAGCAUGUUACCAGCAAAAUAAUAAAGCAAAGGAACAUAAUUUUAUGUAUGCUUAAUAAA